GGUCAUUUGAAGUGAAGGUCAGCUAGCGCUAAACUUAGGAGAUAUGUAUUAGAGGCAUGUCUUUAUCGAAACUGCAAAUACAUAUAUGUAUAUAUAAAAAUUUGUACUAAAGAAUACAAAUUGUAUCAGGUAUUAAAAUUGCUCAGCAAUUAUACUAUGCCCCUGAACUUGUCUGUUAGCCAUGGAUAAUAUCAUUCUAAUCGUUUAUUUGAACUAACAAAGAUCAUAUUGUUUCAUCCACUUCAGAUGUCCACUUACAAUAUUUCCUAGUUGUGACCAUUAUGUUACUGCAUUCAGAAAGUUCCUCCUCGGUAUGCAGAUGUUCAUUAUAUUUUACUAUUUUGCUGAUAGUUACUAGCGAGUAUGAGGUGCUAGUUGGAUCUAAUCAGCAUUUUUCAAAUGAUCAUGUGAAGAAACAGUUAGAAAAGGCGUUUAUUCGAUUGGCUAGGGAUGAAAUGGGUGUUAUAGCCAUGCAAACAGCCUUUGAUGGAUUGAAAUAUGAAAAGCUGUCAACUGUAAACUUAACACAGAGUUUAGAUAUACUCACAUCACAGUUAACUCGACGGCUUCGAGACUAUACGCACAUAGUAACGAGUACACGAAAUAUGGCUGUUCGUUUAUAUAGAUCACAUAAAGAUACACCUCUUACACCACGUUUUGAUUGUUGCAACUUGUUUGAAAGAGAUUUAAGGUUAGAUCUUGUAUAUGGUUGUCGUAUCUCACGACGAGAAUGCUGUGAUUUAAUCCCACGAAGUUUACCAGCUACAGCUUUUAAUCCUGGUCAUAAUUUAACACGAAGAUUUCAACAACAAUUAGAUUAUUGGCCAAAUGUGAAAUGGUUCUUUUUCAUCACAUCGGAUGGUUUGCAUACUGAAUAUCCAGCACACAAUUUUCAGUGUACAACUCCACAUCAUAAGGAUUACACGACAGAUAAUCGGCCAAUAGAUGUAUCAUAUUAUGGUGAUAACAGUAUCUUUGGUGCUAAUGGGCGUUCUAGUGGAGCAAGUAGUCUUAAUUCAAGGUUAUAUCAACAAAAACAUCCCCACCACCACCACCAACAACAACUAAAACAAUCAAUUUCAUUUUCUUCAGUUACAAAUCCUUUUCACUGUCAUAAUCUACAUCAGUUCAGGCAUAGAAGUGCAUUUAUUCGUUCAAUUCUUCCGAAACCAAUAUGGAUGACAAUUAUAUUAGAUCAAGGUGAAGCUAGUCAAACUCAAUUACUUCUUGGUCAGCGUGUUGCACGUAUUCUUUUAGCAUCAUUAAGCGAAAAAGAUUAUAUUAAUGUUCUACUUGUCUCAGAUAAUGUUUUAUACGGUUUAGAGUACAAUUCAAACAAUGACUUUAAUAAUAAAAGUGAUGCAUCAAAAUUACUGAAUGCUACAAUACAAACCAUUCAAAAUAGACACUUAUUCAAUAUAUCAAGUGAUGAAUUUGUGUUCAAUUACCAAGAAAAGAAUCAAACACUUGGAUAUGCUUAUAAAGCUACCGAAGAAAUGAAAGCGUACUUGGAUCGAUUCAUUCAUAGUGUCAAUCGACCUUUACCAGUUAAAACAAAUCAUAUAAAAGCAUUCUAUUAUGCAUUUCAAACAAUCAUUUCAAAUAUGAAACGAUUUCAAAGUGAAAAGAAUCAAUUCAACCCUAUAGAAAUUCCAGAGCAUAUCAUGUUAGCCUACAUUAGUCGAGGCUAUCUGACUGAUUUAACAGAAGCGUCAACAACUCUACGUCUUGUCUCCACCUAUCAAGCUUAUUUGAAUAAUUCUGUGCAUAUUUGUACGUAUAUGCCAACUGAAGAGAAGAGUACUACAGUGCUAUUUGAACAAACAUUUAUGAAAGAUUUAGCUACAAGAUGGUCAUUUUACUCAACAUCGAAUACUUCAAUCGAGUUGAAUAAAUUAUGUUCUCCAAAACAAGGCCAUUUCUUCCCCAUAAAUCGUACUACUGACCUGUCAAAUACAGUUGGAAAAUUUUAUGAAAUUUUUCUUAAACCAACUACAAUAAAUAUUUCAGAUUAUCAAAUGGUUACCAAGUCUACUGGAAACAUUAUUAAACCGCUGAUUAUAUCUUCUGCUACAGAGGAUGUGACUAUUGAAAUAGAACAGGAUAUAAGUGAUACUACAGCUUCACAUGAUGAAAAUGAGAAAAUAAAGCCUGUUGAGUCCAAUGUGUCAUCGUCUUCGCAUGAGCACUCUCCUGAAAUUAAUGAUAUGAAGAGUGAACGUUUACCUGAAAGUUUUCCUGUCCAGUAUUCUCUUCCAUAUUUUGAUUUAGAAGGUGGAGAUUUAGUGGUAACAAUAAGUCAAGCGUUUACUGAUCAGGAUAAUUUAAUCGGUGUUAUGGGUAUUGAUGUACAUUUAUUAGAUUUAGUCGAUAAUUUUGUGCAUUUCACGACAUCAGGUGCAAUAGACGGUGGUUCGGAUAGUUCAAUUGCCUUUCUGUUACAAUCCCCUGAUGGUUAUACACUUUCUCAUCCAACUUUAACUGAUACAUUGAUAAAACACUAUCAUUUACGUCGUCGACAUUAUGAACAAAAUGUAUACACUGAUGAUAGGCAUGCAGUUUAUUCAUCUAAUAAUCAUAGAAAUCAAUGGAUGAAUCGUAGAAAUCGUCGACACUUCGGCGAGACACGUAAUCCAUCAUCUUAUCAAACAGUUUUUACCUCUGGUAGUGCUAUUGAUUCUAGGAGCCGCAGCGGCAACAGCCGUAACUGUUUAUUGAGUGCGAGAAAUAUUCCAAAUUUCAAAGAGUCUAGACAACAACAAGAGCCUAUUUUAAAUCCAGAUAUCAGUAGGCUGGAAUGGGUUCCUGGUUUUCAAUCGCUUGUGAGACAGCGUUUAUUAAAUGAAUUGUCUGGUGAAGUUGGUCUUUUGGUGAAACUUACAAGAAGUGAAAUGGAAGUUUAUGGGCUAACUGGUAUCAUAAACAAAUGUUUUAACACCACUCGGACAACUGCUGACAGUAACAGGGAUAAAUUACCAAUUCAUGUUGUUUAUCGUUGGAAACGUAUUCAUGAGUUAAAUACGCCUUAUAUUGUCGUUGUAAGAUCUGUUCAAUCAUUAUGCUCUGAAUAUCGUCAGCUCUCACCGUUAGUUCCAGAAUUCGAUUUUCAUUAUCAUCGUCUAGACUUAUUGAAAGAACCUCAGAAAUGCCUUUUCCUUAAUCAACUUAUAUCAUUCAGUUUUGGAACUGUUUACUUAUCUCCACGUGCAUUCGCCCGACCAUUUACUCGUUUAACUCAAGGCUAUUCAGAAGACAUAAAUGAUAUUCGCCAUCUUGUCGCCUAUCUAUUCGAUCAUACGGUGCUGAUCUCAGAUCCUGGACUAGCUGGUAGUAGUACCAGUGGAAGCAGCACUAGUAGCAGUGCAAGUACUGGCAGUAGUCCAUCGAUUCGAUCCUCUGUAGCCAUUGUCGAAAGAAUUGGAAAAUUUUGGAUGCAUCGAAGUCAUGUUAGUGAAUUGAGAGACUUCAUCAUUAGACGAUAUGUGGCUACAAAUACAGGCGCUAUGCUUGUCUACCCUGGCACAUUGUUAUCACAUACCUAUGAUCCAAGCAAUCGAAUUUGGUAUAAACGUGCUCUAGCAAUGCCUGGACGAUUGGUAGCGACUGGCCCUUAUCUAGAUGAUGGUGGUGCUGGUUAUAUAAUCACACUAAGUCGUACAAUCUUUGAAGGAAAUUAUACGGGUGUACGUGUCCAUGGAAGUGAUAAAGUUGCUGCUGUUAUCGGCAUGGAUGUAACAUAUCGUUUUCUAAGCCUUAUGCUAUCUAAUUGGUUACCAGAGUGUGAAAUGUUUUUAAAACAAGAAAAUCUAUUCUCUUCAACAACGUCAGCCUCCAAUAAUCCAUCUUUAAUACUGGAACAACAGAUAGAGAAAGUAAUGAAUAAACUAGCCAUUUUUUUGAAUGGUGAUUCAUCAGAUUCUACAUCUUCGACAAAAGAUGAUCUUCAUAUACUGGACAACUGGAAGAGGAAGAAGAAGAAGAAGGUGUCUGUUCAACAGUCUAAUCUCAGCAGUAAUAACAUGAGUCAUGAUGGCGAUGUUGUUGAUGAUGGUGAUAUGAAUGCACAGGCGAAGAAUCCAAUUCACUCCAGAUGUUUGCUGAUGGAUGAUCGAGGAUACCUACUUGCACAUCCUAGUUUUUAUGAACCCAAAGUUGGUGGACCGUUAGAACAAAAUCAUUUAAGCUAUCAUGAACCAAUAGUCGCAUCAGAUUUAUUGAAUAAUGAAAAUGUUUUUCAAAAGACCGUUUGUUUAAAUUACAAUAAACGUACAUUACAACGACAAUAUAAAUUCAACUUAUCUAUAACUGAUCCAAUUAAGAAUAGUAUGUCCGGUGAACAAUGCGUAGAAUAUCAGUUAUCAGUUAUUCCAGAGACAAAUAUAAUUUUUGGCCUGAUCAAAGAGCAUCAUCGAUUCGGUUGUAGUCCACGUACAGGUUUCUGUCCAUGUUCUACUAAAAAUCGUCUAUGCCUAAAUUGUGGUCGAAUUGAACCACGUGAAUGUGAGUGUCCAUGUCAAUGCCCUAUUGAAUUAGAUCAGAAUUAUUGGGUAAAUUAUCCAAUUCAACAGCACAAUGAAGAUAUCUACGCGUAUCAGACAGUUUUACAGACUACUAAUCUCAAUCAUACUGUUUACUCAGUUGAGAAGAAGUUAAGAUUUACUACUACUAAGAAAUAUGCCAAUAAAACUGGUAGUCUGUUGGAUGAAAGUCAACCGGAAACUUCAGCAUUUAAAACAGUAUAUUCUUAUCCUCCAUGUUUACAAACCUUGGAAAUGGAACCUAUCAGUGCUGUGUCGUAUCAUUUUGAUCCGUAUAUCUUUACCACUUCAUCAGUGUCUUCAUUUCAUAAAAUCAAUGAGGUGCCACCAUGUCCUAUAAAUAAUGAACACUUAAUGUCUAAUGAACAUUUUAUAUCUGAUCAAAAUCAAUUGGAUCAUCAACGACAACACCAACUUCACGAAUCUAUGGAGGAAAUUAAUCCUGAACACACUGAUCAUGCAUAUAUUAAUCAACAGAUCAGUUACGGUGCAAAUAAUAAUAAUUAUCAUAAACAACAUGCUAAUGAUGAACAGCCCUUAUCGCGUUGUUCACAGCGUUCACGUUUAACAUGUUCAUCAACUGUUGGCUGUGAAUGGUGUAUGAUGACAUUGAAUAAUGAACAGCUGUUGGAGCAUCCAUUUUGUGCUCCAAUCUCAGUUUGUUUCAAUGGAGUAGUCGGUGUGAAUACGCCGAAUUCGAAUUAUGGUCCCUAUGAAAGUGACUGGUCAUCAUUUGAUAAUAAUGUGAACAAUCUUAAUAGUUAUACCUAUGCUAUACGAAGUCGUCAGGAAUCUUUAGAGUUGAAAAAAUUCUCUGAAUUUCAAAGCAAAAUUUCAUCUUCAUCCAAACCUGAGGUAUUAGAAGAUAGUUCAACGUUUAGCGAUGGAAGAGUAUUGCCAGCUUCUCUACCGAUUUUGCGUAGUCACUCAUCAUCAUCAUCAUCAGUAGCCGAAACUUCACAUUCAAUGUCCAAUAGUCCAAUCAGUGUAUACAAUCGAAAAGUGUCACAUGAUUUACUAGCAUUAUUUUCAAGACAUUCAGAGAAAAUGUCUAGUCGAAAAAUUAUUUCAGCUGAUUUUUAUCCAGAUUUGUAUAAUUCGUUAAAAUUAUUUUCUUCAUCCAGCAACAACAAUCAUAAUAAUAAUAAUGGUGUUGAUGAGAAUGAUGAAUUUCUCCGCCAAUAUCCACAUUCAUUCAUUAUAACAAAUCCUGUCGGUUCAGUGAUUGGUGGAGUAUUAGUUACAUUUAUAAUUUUUCUGCUGAUCAUUUAUACUAUUAAACAUCGUCGACGUCUACGUGAACGUUUUAUGCCAAAUUGUUUAAAUGCAGGGAAUCGUGUAGUGAAUGUUUUACCACCAAUGGAGAGUGAAGCUGAGGCGGUUAGUUUAAAUACUUCAUCGGUUAAUUCACAUUGUGAUAAGUAUUCAUCAAAUAAUCAACAAAAUUCAAAUCCUACCGAUCAAUGUCCACGUUUCAAUCAUCAUUUAGACGGCAAUAAUAAUCAAUCUCAACCACCGCCACCACCACCGCCGCCCACAGCAUCUGCUUUAGUCUGCAUUUCCAAUGAAUCAGUCGAUGAUGGAGAUAAUGACGAAGAAGGAACAACCUGUGCCAAUUCCUGUGAUGAACAACCUUCAUCAACUGGUAUUGGUCCAAGUGAUACAGAGAGUACAAGUCAGGUGUAUGAAAAUCAACAAUUAAGUAAUAGUACUAAUGAAUCUACUACUAUUGCCGUUGCUCCCGUUGCUGCUGCUUCUUCUUCUUCUAGUAUCACUACUAAUAAUACUACUGAUACUAUCGAAAUGAGUAGUAUAAAUAAAUAUUCCGAAUCAACAAUACUAUCACCCUAUUGGAUUGUAGAGAAUUGUUUACAAAAGGUUAAAUAUUUAAUGAAUACUUAUGAAAUGCAUACUAUGAACCAUCAAACAAUGUUCGGUAGUGAACUUUCAAAACUACAUAGUGAACUGUUACUCUCAAAGGAUAGACUGUGUGCUACAGCUACGAAUUGUGCAAUCCCACCAAAUCCAUAUCAUACAAAUUCACUAACCAAUAGUGCUUCAACAGUUCAGGUUGGCAGUGGUGGUGGGGAUCGAUUAUCGACAACACAAUUGACACCCGGUGGAUGCUGUAAUAUAUUAUUAACAUCACAGCACACUGAAUCACUACCAUAUGAUCAACCGAGUGAAUUUGGAGAUUCUGCUGUCGGUAGUGAUUGUGCUACAGCUGCAUCCUGUGCAUCUUCAUCAUCCUCAUCGAAUAUGAAACAUGCUUGUUCUAAAACAACGAAAAACACCUUUGAAAAUGACUGUUGUCUACAUGAACAAUACCACCACAACCACCAACACCAUCAACAGCAAGAAAAAUCGCAACAUCAUCGUAUUGGUGCCAGUGGAAAAGUCUAUAUCGAUUCUGUUCUGCAUGGAUCAGAUAGGCUUAUAAAAUAAAUAAGCAACAGUUGGUGUUUCGAAGCAUUGGGGGAUUCGCUUCUUUUAUGCAUUUAUUUAGCUUCAUAAAUGAAGCAAUUACCACUACUACUUAUAGUACUUAUUGUAUUCCUCACCAGUAGUAUAUUUACAGUUCCAGUGCAAUUAAUAUUAAUAUUCAUCAUUUAAUCUUGACAUACGUAUUUUAUUAGUAUGUAUAUUUGGCCAUUAUUAUACAGCAUUUAUGUCUCAAUAACCGGUAACACUUUUUUAUUCGAUUAAUCAUCGUUAUGUUUUGCAUUGCAUUUUUUUCUUGUAAUAUUUUUGGCCGUAUUUCUUUCUUUUUGAUCACCUCAAUAACAUUAUUGUAUAACUUUAUUUUUAGUCAAUUAUAUUAAUUUUUUUCUUUUCAUCUUGGUUUGUUUUUGUUAUUCAAGGCAGCCUUUUCGUCUUUUUUUAAUAGUAUGCUGAUGUGUAAGUAGUCAUACAGUCACGCACACACACCCACUGACACCAAAUUCAUUCAUUCAUAAAUCGAGUAGUCCUGUGACAACAGAAGGGCCAGGCAACAGAUUGUUUAUUAAGGAAAUCAACACAUAUUUAU